CCUCACCUUUAAUUGCUUCGUAAAUAAUAACCUCCAUAGGUGUUGGGUUUGGUAUUUGGGCAUAUUCCUCUCUGCUACAUCCGCCUCUCUCUCUCUCUCAAACUCUCUCUCUGUAUAUCUCUUCUAGUAUAUCUCUCUCCGUCGAGCUUUCAUUUCUCUGAUUCGGAUCAAUAUGGAGUACCGUACCUUAGAAAUCAACGUUGUCUCCGCAAAAGACCUCAAGAAAGUCAACUUCAUCACCAAGAUGGACGUGUACGUCGUCGUUUCGAUCGCCGGCGACUACAGCACCAAGCAGAAGACCAUCGUCGACAGAGACGGCGACGACAACCCCACCUGGAACUUCCCCGUGAAAUUCACCAUAGACGAGUCGGCUGCCCGACAGAACCGCCUGACCCUCGUCUUCAACCUCCGUUGCGAGCGUACCCUUGGCGACAAAGACGUCGGAGAAGUGACCGUUCCCGUCAAAGAGCUCCUCGACGCCACCGGAGACGAUAAACCCGUGCAAUUCGUGAGUUACCAGGUGAGAAAGCCGUCCGGAAAGCCCAAAGGUCAGCUGAGCUUUUCCUAUAAGUUCGGCGAGAAAUUCGCCGGAGCAACGGCGCCGGCGGAGAAGAAAUCUGAUCAGCCCAUCACAGCCUAUCCCGCCGUUGCUCCGGCUGUGGGGACCAGUUCAUUAUACCCACAGGUGGCUGGGCCAGCAAGUGGUGGUCCGUACCCCGGAGCAUAUCCUCCUCCACCGCCGGUUGCUGGAUAUGGAUAUCCACCGCCGCCGCCAUAUGGUGGUUACCCACCUCCUCCACCACCACCGGGUUAUGGGUACCCGCCCCAACCAGGAUAUGGAUAUACGCCACAACAAGGGUAUGGGUAUCCACAAGUGCAGCAACCGCCGAAGAAAAAUAAGCUCGGGUUAGGGUUGGGAGCUGGUUUGCUGGGUGGAGCGAUCGGAGGUUUGUUGAUCGGUGAUAUGGUAUCGGACGCAGCGGAUUUUGAUGGCGGGUGUGAUUUUGAUGCUGGGUUUUGAUUUUAGUUUAUGUUGGUCUGAGAUUUUCAUUUUCGCGUGUUUGGACUUUGUAUGACGUUGAUGUUUUGAUUAUUGUAUCUAUCUUUUAAUCUUA